AUGGCUGCCGACCCGUUUGACUCGGCAUUGGACCUGCUCCGCCGCCUGAACCCCAAGCACACGACGCAGCACCUGCAGUCGCUCAUCAGCCUCGCACCGGACCUGACCGAGGACCUGCUCUCGUCGGUCGACCAGCCCCUGACCAUUCGCCGGUGCAAGCAGACGGGCCGCGACUACCUCCUGUGCGACUACAACCGCGACGGCGACAGCUACCGGUCGCCCUGGUCCAACGAGUUCGACCCGCCCCUCGACGGCGGAGUCGGCGAUGGCGGUGCGGGCGACGGCGCGGGCGCCGCUGGCGUGCCCAGCGACAAGGUCCGGAGGAUGGAGGUCAAGGCCAACGAGGCGUUUGAUGUCUACCGCGAGCUGUACUAUGAAGGUGGUGUGAGCAGCGUAUACUUUUGGAACUUGGAUGACGGCUUUGCUGGCGUAGUACUGCUGAAGAAGGAAGCCAAGCCUGGCAGCACAAGCGAAGGAUCAUGGGACUCUAUUCACGUUUUCGAGGCCAUCGACCGCGCCCGCGUUACACAAUACAACCUGACGUCGACCGUCAUCCUAUCGCUGGCCAACAGCGGAUCCGGACUGGGCGACAUGGACCUUAGCGGCAACAUGACCCGCCAGGUCGAGACGGAACUGCCCGCCGAGAACGACGAGCAGCAGAUUGCCAACAUUGGCAAGCUCGUCGAGGAUAUGGAGCUCAAGAUGCGGAAUUUGUUGCAGGAGGUCUACUUUGGCAAGGCCAAGGAUGUCGUCGGUGAUUUGCGAAGCAUUGGCACGCUGAGCGAGGCCGGCAGGGACCGGCAAGCCCAGAGGGAAAUUAUCGGCAGCAUGAACAAAUUUUCUCGCGAUUAG